UGUGAAUUGACAUUCUUAUUAAGUGAUCCGAAAAGUUGCAUGAAAAAUCUCGACCUCCUUAGAUUUAAGUUGCAUUAGCAUAAAUAAAUUAAUAUUGUUAAAAAAUAAAAUCAAAAUGGAUUCCAUCGAUAUAACACGACUUGAAGAAGCAGUUAUCCAGUUUUAUCGGUCCACUUCUCAAGAGCAGGCCAUCACACAUGAUUGGCUAACAAAAGCACAAGCGAGUCCACAAGCGUGGCAAUUUACCUGGCUAUUAAUGCAAAUAGGAAAGACUCAAGAAGUGCAAUUUUUCGGUGCAAUGACAUUACAUUCCAAAUUAAUGAAGCAUUGGCAAGAAGUACCGCCAGAAAGUCGUGAAGAACUCAAACAAAAAAUAUUAGAAAAGAUAGUACAAUUUGCUGCAGGUCCAAAAUUGGUUCUAAACCGUUUAUGUAUAGCGCUAAGUGCUUUUAUAUUGCAUAUGUUCAAUGAAUGGCCCACAGCAAUAGAGGAUGUUAUAAACACAUUUCAGAAUCAACAAAUACCAAAUGUGAGCAAAGAAAUGCAAUUAUGGAUUAUGCUUGAAAUUCUACAAGCAAUACCCGAAGAGAUGCAAGCAGUCUAUACAUCAGUGAAACGCGUGACAUUGCGAGCUCAAGUUUUUAUAAGAGCUCCUUUAGUAAUGGAAACUACACAAACCUAUUUGCAAUCACAAUUAGAGCAGGAAUGGGAUAUGGAAAGCUUUAUAAACAUGAUUCGUACAGUAAAAUGUAUUUCUAGUUGGGUCAAAAAUGUUGGUUUUCCAAUUGAAAGUUGCCAAAAUAUCACAAUUAUAUUAUUAAAAAUUGUAAAUAAAUGUUAUUGGUCAUGUGUACAAGAUCCUGAUGGUGAUGGUUGUAUGUCAGCAGAUGAAAAUGAAUUGGCUGAGAUUAGCUUAAAGACAUUGCAAAAUAUUAUAAUACAACCUGACUGUCAUUUGUAUCCUAAAACAGCGCUUUUAUUAAUAAAAAUGUUUUUGGAUUCUCUAUGCAAUAUAACUAAAAAUGAAUGGAAACGUGAUAAUAAUAAUGAAGAUAUUGUGGUUCAUAUUUAUACACUAUUUGUAUCUGCAGUUGAGCGCCAUUCCCAAGUACUACUCAGUGGAAUAACCACAACUGAUUCUGAGUUGUCAGAUCUAUAUAGACGUCUGGUGCAUGAAAUUUUACAAUGUACUGAUAAACCUGGUAUAUAUCCAGUUGAGGAAUCAUGCAGUAACAUGGCAAUGGGAUUUUGGUAUUUGCUGCAAGAUGAAGUAUUAACCAUGGAUAACACUGAAGAACGUAUUAAAUGUUGGGAGUUUAUAAAACCGUUGUAUGCUCAUCUCACUCGUAUACUGGUACGAAAGGCAGAGCAACCUGAUGAAACUUCAAUUCAUAAGUGGUCGUCUGAUGAUUUGGAAGCUUUUCGCUGCUAUCGGCAAGACAUUUCGGAUACAUUUAUUUAUUGUUAUGAUGUACUACACCAUUAUAUUUUGGAUAUUCUUGCUGCUGUCCUAGAUGAAACUUUGGGCGAAAUGCAAAAUAAUCCAACACAAUGGACUAAAUUGGAAGCAUGUAUUUUUUCAUUUCAAUCAGUGGCAGAACAUUUUGGUGGUGAAGAAAACGUUCAAAUACCUAAACUUAUGCGUGUGCUUUCGGAAAUACCAUAUGAUAAUCUAAAUGAAAAAUUAUUGGGUACAUCAUUAGAAACUGUGGGUGCUUAUUGCCAAUGGUUACAGGAGAAUCCAAAUUAUAUAAAACCUGCUAUUGAGUUACUAUUACGCGGUCUUAAUUCUUCUAUGUCCGCUCAGGCUACCUUAGGCUUGAAAGAACUUUGUCGUGAUUGUCAAUUACAAAUGAAACCUUUUGCUGAGGCCUUACUGCUUGCUUGUCAACCAUCUCUAUCAAGAGGACAAAUGAAAAAUACAGACUGUGUACGUCUUAUGUAUAGUAUUGGUAAAUUAAUGAGCCUGUUACCAGCAGAAAAAAUACCCAAUUAUUUGGAUAUGAUCGUGAGUCCAUGUUUCGAAGAAGUACAUGCUAUAUGCCAGAGUGAAACAAAAACAGCUUCAGCACGUCUUCGAACAAUAUUCCAAUUAAACAUGAUAGCUACUCUGUUCUCGUCGCUAAAUACUGAUGUGGAUGAUGACAACCAAAUCAAUGAAAUGCAAAGUAUGCAACCGGUGCUUAUUGUAAUGCAAAAAACGAUGCCUAUAUUCAGAUUAAUAGCAGAAGUAUGGGUUGAUGAAUUAGAAGUUUUGGAGACUGCCUGUAAUGCCCUUAAACAUGCGAUAAUAAACCUAAAAAAUAGCUUUAAGCCUAUGUUGCAGGAUCUUUGCUAUUUCAUUGUAGCGAUAUUCCAAACAAGGUGUUGUGCACCUACUUUAGAAAUAUCUAAAACUGCUAUUUUAUUAUUUUAUAAGGACGAAAGCAGUACAUCCUUGAUGCAGCAGCUUCUGGUGGAAUUCGUUCUACAUAGUUUUAAGCAAUUUGAAAAUACACCUGAAAAUGGGUUUUCAAAUAUUGCUGAAAUUAUAGAAAUGUUCUAUGCUUGCUUGACGCAACUUCUAAAAAAGAUUCCGCAAUCAUUAGAUGACAAAGCCAUUUCUUACGAUAAGCUUAUAUUUUAUGCACUUAAAGCUAUGACAUUGCCUGAAAAUGGACCAAUACGCACAAGUGUACAAUUCAUUUCACAUUUUGUGAUGACAUCGAGAUUCUUCAGAGGAAUGACACAAACUAUGCUCAAUGCUGGUGAAGAAAUUUUACGCACAGCUGUUUUAUGCGUUGGUUGUAUAACGCCACGACAGCAAGUAGAUAAGUUCGCUGAUAUAUUUUUGGCAAUUAAUAAAAAGUAUCCUGCUGAAAUGGCCACCUGGCUGAAGGCAGUAAUGCGUGUAGAAAAUUUUCCAACUCCUAUAGUGGAUGAAACAGAAAAAUCGAAAUUUGUUUCGCAUGUAAUUAGAGAAAAAGUAAACAAACGUCUUCUACAGAAUCACCUUAAUGAGUUUUCUAUAAAAGCUCGUGGACUUACAGACAAAUUUUAAUAUAAGUAAAGUAAAUGUGCAAGGGAAGUUUAGAAUCAGUCAAAACGACUGAAUUAACAAAAAAAAAAAUAGAAAUACUUUUUGUAAACCUUAAAAAAAACCAUACAAAUAGUUCGUAGAUGUUUAAUUUUUAUUUAGAAUAUAUAACCUUCUUAUGAAUCCUUAUAAAUGCCAAAUUUUCAAUAGAUAUACUUAAAUUAUUUAUU